CGGUCGCCUGGCGCUGCUCUCUCUUUUCGCCGCCAUCAUGGGUCGCAUGCACGCUCCGGGAAAGGGUUUAUCCCAGUCUGCCUUGCCAUAUAGGCGAAGUGUACCUACUUGGCUGAAACUUACUUCUGAUGAUGUAAAAGAACAGAUUUACAAGUUGGCUAAGAAAGGUCUGACUCCCUCGCAGAUUGGUGUAAUCCUGAGGGACUCCCAUGGUGUUGCUCAAGUUCGUUUUGUGACGGGCAACAAAAUUCUAAGGAUACUUAAAUCCAAAGGGCUUGCUCCUGAUCUUCCAGAGGACCUUUACCACUUAAUCAAAAAGGCAGUGGCUGUUCGUAAGCAUCUUGAAAGGAACCGGAAGGAUAAAGAUGCCAAAUUCCGACUCAUUUUGAUUGAGAGCAGAAUUCAUAGACUGGCUCGUUACUACAAGACCAAGAGAGUACUGCCACCUAAUUGGAAGUAUGAAUCAUCCACAGCUUCUGCUCUUGUUGCAUAAGAGCUUCUCUUUGCUACAGGCAUCAAAUAUCCCCUCCAAUGUUGCAUCAAAGAAUGAUGUCAUAGAGGCUUCUUCAUAGUAGCAAUGGUUAAAAAAAAUGUGUUCUUAUCCAUACCAAUAAAAGCCUCUGAUUUUUCCAUCA